GCCGCCCAAGUUCACAUUUAACAUGAGUUCAUUGUUAACUUAUAUUCUAGUGGUUAUCUCAGUUUUGUGCACUAUCACUUGUGUGCAUUCAAUAAUGUGUUAUGACUGCAACAGCGCGUACGACCCGCGUUGUGGGGAAAAUUUUGACUCGUUCAGUCUGGGAGUCGUGAACUGCUCGUUAAAGGACCCCCCAGAGCACAUCCCACCAGUGGAGCCCACUAUAUGCAGGUCAAUUAAGAUGGAAUUUAACAACAAAGUCCGCGUAGUCCGUCAGUGUGGGUAUCUGACCGACGAAUGGGCAAACGAGACAUCAUGUCGUCGACUCGUUGGCGUCGGAGAAGUCUUCGUAACCUACUGCUCGUGCGACACCGACCUUUGUAACGGAGCCUCACACAACCAACAGAUGGCGCUGAUCGGCAUACUAUUACUAGCCGCGGCUACCUUUUAACUUUGUUAAAUAAAUUGUUUAUUUGAGUGUUUAUAUCUUCUAUAGUUAAUCAUAUAUGUCGGAAUAAUUAUUAAAAAAAAAAAACAGA